GAGGAAGAAAAAAAUCCCCAGGGCCCCUUGUUCAAGGUGUCAGAAAAGAAAGGAAGAAAGUUUUCUGGAAGCCUUCACCGAGAAAAGUAAGAGAUCGGCAUGCAGGUCCCCAAGGUCGCCGUCCUCCUGGCCGCCCUCACCCUGGGAGGCUCGGCCAGCUCGGUGCCGUCCCAAAAGCCCGGAUGCGGCUCCGAGAUCCCCGCCGUCCGGACCUACUUUAUGGUGGGCGGGCAGUACGUCGACGACGGCACGGGCACGGAGGAGCACGUGUUCCGCGACCAGAUGUACGUGGAGAAGCUCCUCCCGGUGCAGGGCGUCAAGCAAAAGCACCCGCUGGUGCUGAUCCACGGCCAGGCGCAGACGGGCACCAACUUUCUCAACAAGCCCGACGGUGGGCGCGGGUGGGCGUCGCUCUUUGUCCGCGAGGGCUACGAGGUCUACGUGGUGGACCAGACGCUCCGCGGCCGCUCGGCCUGGCAGCCUGGUCACAACGCCGACAAGCAGUCGACCUACUCGGCCGAGCUCAUCUCGAAGCGCUUCACCGCCGUGCAAAAGUACAGCCUGUGGCCCCAGGCCGUCAACCACACUCAGUGGCCCGGCAGCGGCGAGAUGGGUGACCCCGUCUUUGACGCCUUUUACUCGUCCAACGUCCAGUUCGUCAGCAACGCCACGUACCAGCAGGAGACGGUCCGCGACGCCGGCGCAAAGCUGCUCGACAUCAUCGGCCGCCCCGCCAUCCUGGUCGGCCACUCGCAGGGUGGGAUCCUGCCGCUGGUCAUCGCCGACGCCAAACCCGACCUGACGGCAGGCUUGAUCAUGCUCGAGCCGACGGGCCCGCCGUUCCGCGAGGCCGUCUUCAGCGACAAACCCGCGCGCCCCUACGGGCUCACCGACAUCCCCUUGGCCUUCGACCCGGCCGUGUCGGACCCCAAGACGGAUCUGGUGCAGCAGGUGUUCCCGGCCAGGGCCGACGGCGGCGUCAACGGCUCGUCGGUCGACUGUGUGAUGCAAAAGGAGAGCGACCCGGCGCCUCGCAAGCUGGCCAACCUCGCCUCAAAGGACAUACUCCUCGUCACGGGUGAGGCCUCUUACCACGCCCCCUACGACUACUGCACCGCCAAGUUUUUGGUGCAGGCCGGGUGUGAAAAGACCAAGCACGUCGAGCUGGGCGACGUCGGCAUCCACGGCAACGGCCACAUGUUCUUCAUGGAGAGCAACAGCGACGACAUCCAGAAGCUGGUGAGCAAGUGGAUCCAGUCUGUCUGAGUACACAACAAAGCCAGCCAUGAUGUUUUUUUUCUUCUUUUUUUUCAUGAUUCUAUUUCCCAACAAGUCUAGACCUUUUGGUGCCAGACCCAAUUACAGAUCUUGUAAACGUAAUCACGACUUUUGUGUACAUAGUUGGAAGAGCUGGACUAGAUGUAUAUAUACAUGUAUAUAGAGGAUUUUAGAACUUAAUUUAGAA